CAGCUCAGACCCAAACAUGGGUUAGAAGGCGCGCGGCUCCAUGGAUUAUCCACUUUGUGCACUUCAGCUGAAAGGAUGAGGAUGAGGAUGAGGAUGGGGGGGGCAGACGGACUUGUUUUCGCACUCGCAUCCUGACAAAAGCCGCGGACUGAGAGGGAACACAGAGGGGGCUUUAACAGCUGCCUGCCGCCUCUGUGCGCUGUGCAGCUUUUCCUGCGUUAUCAUCUACUUUUUAUUAUUUUAGUUUUUCUUUCUUUUUUUUUUAUUUUUUAUUUUAUUCCAGAGAAAUGUUUGCAGAAUUGCUGUGCGGCGCCGUGGCUCUGGUCCUGUAUGUCAACACUCUGGGCGCCGAUUUCUGCUACGAUGACAGCCGUGCAAUCAAGACCAACCAGGAUUUACUUCCAGAGACACCCUGGAUGAACAUCUUCUACGAUGACUUCUGGGGAACCUUACUCACACACAGCGGCAGCCAUAAGUCUUACCGACCCCUCUGCACCCUCUCCUUCCGCCUCAACUACGCUGUGGGUGGGCUGGAGCCCUGGGGUUACCACCUGGUUAACGUGGCCUUCCACGGGGCCGUGACGGGCCUGUUUACCUCUCUGGCUCGCCUGCUGCUCGGAGGAGGCCUGUGGAGCCUGCUGGCCGGCCUGCUGUUCGCCUCUCACCCCAUCCACACAGAGGCCGUGGCGGGUGUCGUGGGCCGGGCCGAUGAAGGCGCUGCCCUGUUCUUCCUGCUGUCCCUGCUGUGCUACAUACGUCACUGUAAACUGCGGGGACAUGCCGGGCCUCUGCGGCUGCUGGCUUGGUUCCUGGGCAGCCUGGCCUGCGCUGCCUGCAGCAUGCUGUGGAAGGAGCUCGGAGUGACAGUCCUGGCUGUAUCGGCGCUGUACGACGUCUGCGUUUUCCACAGGCUCACGUUGCGGCAGGUCAUCAUGCUCCUCUACAAGAGAAAGAACGUCCACCUGCUGUUGAAUGUCUUCUUCCUAGCAGCCUGGGGGGCCUUCCUUUUGGCUUGCCGAUUCUACUGGAUGGGCAACAAACCCCCCAACUUCUCCAACUCGGACAACCCGGCCGCCGACUCCCCAUCGUUGCUCACCAGGAUGCUAACCUUUUUCUAUCUGCCGUCCAUGAACUUUUGGCUUUUCCUGUGCCCAAACACUCUCAGCUUCGAUUGGUCGAUGGACGCCCUACCUUUGAUUCGGGGCCUUGCCGACUGGAGGAACUUACAUACGUUGGCAUUCUACUUGGGAUUGCUGUUGCUGGCUUGGUUCAGUCUGAAGACGCACCAGUCAAGCAAGGGGAAGGAUACCAACGGGAAAGUGCAUCAUUAUACCAAUGGCAAAAAUGGGAACAGUAAUGGACACAGUUACCAGUGUAACAAUCAUGAACAAAUGAACAAUUCCCAUACAAACACGAACAAUAACAGUGCACAAAAUGGAACCAAAAAGCACUAUGAGAGCAGGACUCCGUUACCCACUAGUGAAAAUGUUGUGGUGUUCUCUCUAGGCCUGUUGGCUAUCCCUUUCCUACCGGCCACAAACUUGUUUUUCUAUGUGGGGUUCGUUAUAGCAGAGCGAGUACUGUACAUUCCCAGUAUGGGUUUUUGCCUGCUGGUUGCCGUGGGAAUGAGGUCCCUCUACGUCCGAUUGCGACACAGAUCCUUUAGGACGAUGCUGGUUUACGGCAGCACAGCCCUGAUUCUCCUGUUUAGUGUUAAGACCGUUUUAAGGAACAAGGACUGGCAGAAUGAGGAAAUGCUCUACAAGUCUGGGAUUUACGUCAAUCCUGCUAAAGCAUGGGGCAACCUCGGAAAUGUCCUGAAGAGCCAGGGCAAGAUGGAGGAAGCUGAGCAGGCGUACAGAAAUGCCCUCUAUUAUCGUAGCAACAUGGCUGACAUGCUGUAUAACCUUGGUUUGCUGCUACAGGAGAGCAACAAGUUCUCAGAGGCACUUCACUACUAUAAACUGGCCAUUGGGAGCCGGCCAACUUUGGCUUCGGCCUACUUGAACACGGGCAUUAUCCUGAUGAAUCAAGGUCGUCUAGAUGAGUCCAAGCGGACCUUCCUCACUUGUGCUGACAUUCCGGAUGAAAAUCUGAAGGACCCCCACGCCCAUAAGAGCUCAGUCACCAGCUGCCUCUACAACCUGGGAAAGCUGCUACAUGAGCAGGGACACCAGGAGGAGGCCCUCUCUGUAUUUAAAGAAGCAAUACAGAAAAUGCCAAGACAGUUUGCACCACAGAGCCUCUACAACAUGAUGGGAGAGGCCUACAUGAGACUGAACAAGCUGCCUGAAGCUGAACACUGGUACAGAGAGUCCCUCCGAGCCAAGCCGGACCACAUUCCUGCACACCUCACCUAUGGCAAGCUCCUGGCCAUGACGGGGCAGAAAACAGAAGCAGAGAGGUACUUCCUGAAGGCCAUCCAGCUCGAUCCCACAAAAGGCAACUGCUAUAUGCAUUAUGGUCAGUUUUUGUUGGAAGAGUCGCGUCUUCUGGAGGCGGCCGAGAUGGCGAAGAAAGCUGCGCGUCUCGACAGCGGAGAGUUCGAUGUGGUGUUCAGUGCAGCCCACAUGCUCAGACAAGCCAGCCUAAAUGAGGCCGCCGAGAAGUAUUACGGACAAGCGGCAAGCCUGAGACCCAAUUAUCCUGCAGCCUUGAUGAACCUGGGGGCGAUCCUCCACCUCAACGGGAAACUGCACGAGGCUGAAGCCAAUUACCUCCGAGCGCUGCAACUAAAACCCGAUGACACCAUCACCCAGUCGAACUUGCGUAAGCUAUGGAACAUCAUGGAGAAACAAGGCCUGAGGACCAUGAGCCCCUGAGCUGGCUCACCCUCCUACAGUACCUGCCAUCUGUACAGCAGAUCUGUGAAGGACGGCCCACGCUCGUCCUCCGCUCGUCUCAUCCAGGAGAGAUGGAAGAGACUCAGGGAGGAUGUUUUCUCACACAGGCCAUGACUGUGCUGCACAGCCCUCCUAAUGACUCCUAAGCUCUGCAUACACCUCAGGCCAGAAGCAUUGCUCACAGUUUGGCAGGCGCUACAUGGUAUUUGGACUCUUCAGGACUUUCUUCAAAAUUAGUGCUCUCAUAGGAACCAAGGUUUUUUUUUUUGUUUUU